GUGAAUUUGCAAUCAAGAAGUGCACAUGGGGAGGGCACAGAUUGGACGCAGGUUUUCGUGCUGCCCGUGAAUGAUCCAGUUGGUUUUAACCAGGUCCUUCAUGAAAUAAGGUUUGCGAUCAGACUGGCCAUCAGCUGCAGCUAAUCAAUGACGUGCGUCAUAGCCAGGUCAAACAAUCCAAAAUGUCCGUCACCUUGAUUGAAUUACCCCAGUCUUAAUGCUGACGCCCGUGGGGGGGGAUUACUUUAGUCCCAAUAUGUGAAAAGAGUUCCCAGUACGAGAAACUCUGCUCCUCAAUUGUAUUGAAUCUCAACUCUCCGUUUAAUAGAGGCCAAGUGCACAAAAUUGGCAGAUAACCAAGUGCAGAUUAUAGGCACAAAGACAAGCUCUCACAUAAACUCUCUAUGGAGACUGUACCGGCAAGGCCCGAUGGUCGGCCUCCCCGGUCGUACAAAGGCUCGAGCCGUCCGGAUCAGCAGAAACGGAGGGAAUUGGCGCUGGCCCGGCAGCGAGAAGCACGGAAAGAACUGCAGGCGCAUGCGCGAAGGCUGUCUCAAGUCCUGACCGAAGAAGCAGAGUUCAAUGACGGCACUCAAGAGGACCUGAUGUACCUGGAAGCUGAGACUGCUACGGAUGAGUCAUCAUUUCGGCAAGGCACGACGGGACAAGAGCCUGCAGAGUCGAGCGGUAUUCCGCCUGGGGAUAGCUUACGGGGUCAGAUAUCUCCGGGGGAUAGCGUACGAGGCCAGCAGUUGCGUGAGUGGUACGCCCGGCAGCUGCUCCAGCCGGAGUGGAUGAUUGACGUGCCGCCGGACCUGGCAACAAACUGGUCCGUUAUGGCCCGACCGGAGGGGAAGCGGUGCCUCGUCAUCUCCGCAAACGGGAGCACCGUCAGCCGGCUGAAGAACGGGCGCAUCCUGCACACGUUCCCGUCGUUCCUGCCGAACGGGGCGCGAGUGAAGGGGAUCGCCCAGGCCUGCCACGUGUACUGCAUCCUCGACUGCAUCUUCCAUGAGCCAGAUCAGACCUACUACGUCAUCGACAUGAUGUGCUGGAAAGGCUACCCCCUAUACGACUGCGCGAGCAGCUUCCGCCUCUUUUGGAUCGCCACGAAGCUCCCCGAGACCGACGCGUUCCGGCCCCCCGCCCAUUACCACCGGUUCCGGUUUGCCCCUGUGCAAGUGUAUGAUGCGGACCCCGGGGGAAUCCACCUGGCGUAUGCGGGGGAGGUGCCGUACCAAAGGGACGGCCUCCUAUUUUACAACAAGGAGGCGCACUACAGCCUGGGUGUGACCCCCCUCGUUCUCCUGUGGAAGGACCCCCUUUGCAGCAACUACUUUCUGGACACGGACAGCAAAGGCACAAUUCCGACAGAGCAGCAGGUGGUCCUGCGUCUUCGGGCGGACGGCACGGUGGCCUCGAGCGACGACCCGCCCGUCGUGCUCGGCUCGAUACCGGCUGCGUUUCUGCAACAGCAUGCCGAAUCGCUGCGCCCGGGGACUCUCCUCCGCUUUUCAGUCGGCGACAGGGGGAUUCAAACCGAGGGCGACGGGCCCCCCGUAGCGGACCUCCAGUAUCAAGGGCUCGCGAACCAGAGACGAGGCGGUCCGGACAGCUUUACCAAGAUCCUAUUUCAGUAUGCUGCCCGCCAUGACCCGCUCACCAUCGAGCAGAUACUGUAAGUCGCACAAAGUGGCCGCAUUUCGGAACUCCCGCUGGUGACGCCCUCGGAACGAACAGAUAAUCAAGAUCAGACUAUGCUUGACUAACACAUCUGUUUGUGGGCUUCCUUGGGUAGGCCCGACUCGGUGCAUUCAAUGUCAGUGCGUGGUUCGGGUCUGUGGUACAUUCUGCAGCUGAUCGGCAGCGGUUCUCUUACUUUCACUUCUCAAUCCUCGGUGACCGGUUUGCAAUGCGUAUAUAUCCAGUGUGCGCGCGUAAGCUGAGCUGGAC